GAAACGCUGCAGACCAGCUCUGCUCACCGUCUGCAGAAGAACACGUGUUGACACGAUUCUAGAUUUUGCUUGUGAGCUCAUCUGAGCUGACAGUGGAUCUUCAUCGCUGAGGUAGAAAUGUGUGUGUUUGUGUUCCACUGACUUCAACAGGUCGAUGUGUUCAGUGCUUCUCUAAAAUGUUGAAUGCUUCUCAAUCGGUGCUCAACAGUACUGCUGCAGAGCAGUACCAGGGCUUACUGGAGAGACUGCUGUUCUCCACCCUGACCACUGCACCGUGCUGCGUGUUUCUGUUCAUUAACGUCACCAUGUUGUUCACCCUGAGGAGCAAAGCCGUGUUUCGUGACACCUGCCGCUACGUCCUGUUGUUCAACCUCCUGCUAGCGGACACGCUGCAGAUGACACUGAGCCAGUUGCUGUACAUCAUCGCUGCUUGUAGAACCAGGCUGACGUAUCCCAUGUGUGGUGUUCUCAACAUGCUCGCUAUUCUCACCAAUGAAAUCUCUCCCCUCACGCUGGUGGUGAUGUCACUGGAGAGAUACGUGGCCGUGUGCUACCCACUGAGACACGCCGCCAUCGUCACCAUCAGGAACACCUCCGUGGCCAUCGCCCUGGUUUGGUUCUCCAGUUUACUAAACGUCCUCACUCGAGUUCUGCUGCUGUUAGACUUUCCGUUCGCAGAGCUGGACACGCUGCUGAUGAAAGACUACUGCUAUAACGUAGCGAUGAUGCUCGGGUCGAUGUCUGAUCAAUACGACAAAGCCUACACUUGUUUUCUGUUUGUCUCAGUCACUGUGACGAUCACUUCCUCCUACGUGGGCGUGAUGGUCGCAGCCAGGUCUGCGUCUGCGGACAAAGCUUCGGCUCGUAAGGCUCGUAACACGCUGCUGCUGCACCUGGUGCAGCUGGGCCUCAGUCUCUCAUCAACCGUUUACAUCCCCAUCCUCACUGUUUCCAGAACUCUACCAAGAAUAGUAUUUGUGCGCAUCCAGAUAGUUUUUUUUUUUUGUAUCUUCAUCGUCCCCAGAUGUCUGAGUUCUCUCAUUUAUGGCAUCAGAGAUCAGACCAUCAGACCCGCUCUCAUGUACCAUCUCUGCUGCCGACUGAAGUUACUCAGUGACUCUCACAGGUCAUGGUGAAAGAUGAAAUGGUCACAUCUGUGAUCAUGUUCAAGGGUUUGAAGGUAUUUGA